CGUCGUAUUCGGUUCGGGAGAGCGUCUGAGGCGGGUGCGCGUUUCCAUAUGGAUGGACAUCACCUGAGUCUUCCUACAGAAUUUUAAAUCACUUACAUUGAUCUGUAAUUGCAAACAUGAGUGGCUCCAAACCUGAUAUUCUCUGGGCUCCACACCAUGUUGAUAGAUUUGUUGUAUGUGAUUCAGAAUUGAGCCUCUAUCACAUUGAGUCUGCUGUGAGUUCAGAACUCAAAGCAGGGUCCUUGCGAUUAUCAGAAGAAACUACAGCUACAUUAUUGUCAAUAAAUUCAGACACGCCAUACAUGAAAUGUGUGGCUUGGUAUCCUAAAUAUGAUCCUGAAUGUCUUCUAGCCGUUGGACAAGCAAAUGGUCGAGUUGUCCUUACCAGUCUGGGCCAGGAUCACAACUCAAAGUCCAAAGAGCUGAUAGGAAAAGAAUUUGUUCCAAAACAUGCACGGCAAUGUAAUACCUUAGCGUGGAAUCCAUUGGACAGCAAUUGGCUUGCUGCUGGCCUAGAUAAACAUCGGGCUGACUUUUCAGUAUUGAUCUGGGAUAUAAGUAGCAAAUACACUCCAGAGAGUGCAGUUGCCACAGAGAAAGUGAGACUUUCAGCUGGAGAUGCUGAAGCUGGGCUGGUAGUGACAAAGCCGCUUUAUGAAUUGGGACAGAAUGAUGCUUGUCUUUCUCUUUGCUGGCUUCCACGGGACCAGAAACUUCUUUUAGCUGGAAUGCACCGAAACUUGGCUAUCUUUGACCUUAGAAAUACAAGCCAAAAAAUGUUUGUAAAUACCAAGGCAGUUCAGGGAGUGACUGUAGACCCAUACUUCCAUGAUCGUGUGGCUUCCUUCUAUGAAGGUCAGGUUGCCAUAUGGGAUCUCAGAAAAUUUGAAAAGCCUGUUUUGACCCUGACAGAGCAACCAAAGCCCCUAACAAAAGUAGCUUGGUGUCCAACAAGAACUGGACUGCUAGCUACUUUAACUAGGGAUAGUAAUAUUAUUAGAUUGUAUGAUAUGCAGCAUACUCCCACACCUAUUGGAGAUGAAACUGAACCUACAAUAAUUGAACGAAGUGUGCAACCAUGUGAAAAUUAUAUUGCUUCCUUUGCAUGGCAUCCCACAAGUCAAAAUCGAAUGGUAGUUGUGACUCCCAACAGAACUAUGUCUGACUUCACAGUUUUUGAAAGGAUUUCUCUGGCAUGGAGUCCAGUUACAUCUCUUAUGUGGGCUUGUGGCCGACACUUGUACGAAUGCACAGAGGAAGGACAGGCUAGUUCCUUAGAAAAAGACAUAGCCACUAAAAUGCGUCUCAGGGCUUUAUCCAGGUAUGGCCUUGAUACUGAACAGGUCUGGAGAAACCAUCUUCUAGCUGGAAAUGAAGAUUCUCAGCUGAAGUCACUUUGGUACACUCUGCACUUUAUGAAACAGUAUACUGAAGAUAUGGAUCAGAAGCUUACAGGAAACAAAGGGUCCUUAGUUUAUGCAGGCAUUAAAUCAAUUGUGAAGUCAUCUUUGGGAACAACAGAGAAUUUGAGGCAUAGCAGGAGUGGGUCCGAUAGGCAGGCAGAUAUUAUUCAGUAUCUAAGUGAGGAGAGGUCAUUGGCCUUGCAGCUCUGUGGGUGGAUAAAGAAGGGAACAGAUCUAGAUGUGGAACCCUUUCUAAAUUCUUUGGAACAAGAAGGAGACUGGGAGAGAGCUGCUGCUGUGGCACUUUUCAACUUGGACAUACGGCGAGCAAUACAGAUCCUAAAUAAAGGAGCUUCUUCUGAAAAAGGUGAUCUGAACCUCAAUGUAGUAGCAAUGGCUUUAUCAGGAUAUACAGAUGAGAAGAACUCCCUUUGGAGAGAAAUGUGCAGCACUCUAAGAUUACAACUAAACAACCCCUACUUGUGUGCCAUGUUUGCUUUUCUGACAAGUGAAUCUGGUUCGUAUGAUGGAGUUUUGUAUGAGAAUAAGGUAGCAGUACGAGACAGAGUGGCAUUUGCUUGUAAAUUCCUCAAUGAUGCACAGCUGAAUAGAUUCAUUGAAAAGCUGACAAAUGAAUUGAAAGAUGCUGGAAACUUGGAAGGAAUUCUGCUGACAGGACUGACAAAAGAUGGAGUGGACUUAAUGGAAAGUUACGUUGAUAGAACCGGGGAUGUCCAGACAGCAAGCUAUUGUAUGCUCCAGGGUUCUCCGUCCGACGUACUUAAGGAUGAGAGGGUUCAAUAUUGGAUUGAGAAUUACAGGAAUUUGUUGGAUGCUUGGAGGUUCUGGCAUAAACGAGCAGAAUUUGACAUCCAUAGGAGUAAGCUGGAUCCCAGUUCAAAACCUUUAGCACAGGUAUUUGUGAGUUGCAAUUUCUGUGGGAAAUCAAUCUCUUAUAGUUGUUCAGCCAUACCUCAUCAGGGCCGAGGUUUUAGUCAAUAUGGAGUAAGUGGCUCACCAACCAAGUCAAAGGUUACAAGUUGUCCUGGUUGUCGGAAACCCCUUCCUCGCUGUGCACUUUGCCUAAUAAAUAUGGGGACUCCAGUUUCCAGCUGCCCUGGAGUAUCAAAGUCAGAUGAAAAGGUGGAUCUUAGCAAGGACAAGAAAUUAGCCCAGUUCAACAACUGGUUUACAUGGUGCCACAACUGCAGGCAUGGUGGUCAUGCUGGACACAUGCUCAGCUGGUUCAGGGACCAUACUGAGUGUCCAGUUUCUGCGUGUUCAUGUAAAUGUAUGCAGCUGGAUACUACAGGGAAUCUCAUCCCAGCAGAGACUGUUCAGCCAUAAAACAACCGAG